AUGGGUCUAAAUGGGAGCCAAUCAUUUAAAGAAGACGAUGGUACCUGGAAAGGAAAUGACGAUGGCAAAGUAGUUAAUAAUCAACCUCAAAGAGUUAUGGAUGAUAGAAAUGGAAUGAUGGCACAAGCUGGGUAUAUUGGAAGAAUAACAAAUGAUGCACGAGAAGAUGAAAUGGAGGAAAAUAUGGGUCAAGUAAACACAAUGAUAGGAAAUCUAAGAAAUAUGGCUCUAGAUAUGGGUUCUGAACUUGAGAAUCAAAACAGACAAAUAGACAGGAUCAACAGAAAGGCUGAGUCUAAUGAGGCGAGAAUAGCUGUUGCAAACCAAAGGGCACACCAGCUGUUAAAGUAAAUUAACCGUCAAACUUUUAUUCUAAAACAGGCCUUUUAGUUCAAAAUGCAUCGAGUUAAAUGAGUAUCAGUUACUCUUUGUUAUAUUUUUAAAUUCAUAUUUGUAAGCAUAUUUUUUUUAAAUUACAUAUAAAUGUACAUACAUAUGUACACAAAAUUAUACUAUUACUUUGAUAAAUGAAGUUAUGUUUAUGAGAGGCGACGGUUUUGAAAACAUUUUUUAUAAUUUUUCAAUUAACAACCCACCCUCCUGCCAGAGUAUAUAUCGCACACCUAGUUCAAAAGUGACACAACACAAAAUUUUAAUUUUUUAGAAAACGAAAAAUAAGUUAUACCAAUUGAAAUAUAAAAAAAAGAAGACAGAGUUCUAUAUUCGACUGGACUGAAUCUUAUAUACCUACUACGUAUGUUUUAAAAAAGAGUUUUUAAUUUUUAUUUAAUUAUAUAAAAUUUAAAUUUAUUUUAUUUUUGUUUUUUCUGAUAAUAUUACAACAAAGUAGAAAAAACAAUAAUAAAUAAAUAUUAACAUAAUUUCUAGUACAAACCGCAUUUUUGUUUCAAAUAUAAACCGUAUUACGCAGAAACCAAUACAACUGUAUUACCAACCUUCAAACAAACAUAAGCUGUAUUCAAUAGGAAACUUCAAACAAACAUAAGCUGUAUUCAAUAGGAAACUUCUCGAAAGCAUGUCUGACAGAAUUAUUCGGAUCUCGAAGGUCUUCUAAAAACUGAUUUCAACAAACAUACAGAAGGACGGACAGAUCGAAAGAAGGAUAUAUGUAACUUAAUCGACUCCGCUACCUGUAAGGAUCCAGAAUAUAUACAUAUAUAUGUAAAUCAUGGGGUCGAAAAAUUAUAUUGUAGAAUUUACAAAAGGAAUGACGUAUAUGUAUAUACCAUUCUCAAUUUGUCAUGUUCAAAAUCCCAAUAUUUUUGUAAUAUCAUAUAAACGUUUGAUAUGUCAAUACAAGCGACUUUCAAAGAGCUUUCCCAUGAUACUGAAUUUGCAUAUGUAUAUUUUCUUUGAAAGAAAAAUGGAAAAAAUUAUGAAAACCUCAAAGAGGGACUUUUUUAUCAAUUGUUCCAGCUCACCAAAUAUUGUGAGUCAAAAAAUCUUUGAAUGACCUUAAUUUUAUUUUAAUUUCAGGCAGGGCAUUAGCAAUUUACAUAUACUUUGGGGCUACCCCAUAGUUUAAGGCUUAAAAUUUAAACUGUUAUCGUAUAAACGUAAAAAAAAUUAAAUUUCGAGUUGAGUCACUUUUGAAUAAGGUGUGCGAAAUGUACUUCGGAGAUUAAUAUGUGAUUGGGUUGUUCGUUUUUACAUAAUUUUGUCUUAAGUUGAAGAAAAAAAGAUUUAAAUAUAUUGUCAUCUAAAAUACAAAUGGACGAACUUUUGGAUUGACAAUGAUAGUACAUUGCAAAAAUAAAAAAGAAAUCCCUUAUGAAAAAUACCUACUUUAAGUAUUAAAGUAAUUAAAUAAAAAGCUUAACAAAAAUAGUAACACAUCAUAAAAAGUUUUGGAACAGAUUGUAUUUCUGUACCUUUCGAAGUUAUCGAUACGAUAUGUAUGUAUGUAUGUAUGUAUGUAUGUAU